UAUGUUUUAGUAGAUUUUGGUCUGGCUCAACGUUUGAGUUCUUCAAGAUCAAAAGAAAAUUGUGUCGAAGAGGUCAUAAAGAAAAAAAGGAAAAGAACAGAAAAUCAAGAAAAUGAAAAUUUGAAAAUGAAAUCGCCGAGUAAAAAACGUCAAGUAAUGCAUGAUGUCAGCAAUACAUUCCUUCCUCUGUCACAAGUAAUGCAAGAGGUCGGCAAUAAUCAACUUUCUCAGUUGUGUUCACUUCAGGAUACAAAAAAGUUUCAAACUCAUCCAAAAUUAAACAGAACAUUAUUUGUUCAUAGCUUUGACAGUAAAACUACUAAAAUGAAUUGUAGUAAAACAAAUGAUAUGGUAAAAAAUAGAUGUUCUUGUUAUGGAAAACAGGAAGUGUGCAAAAUCUGUUUAAAUAGACCUCCAGAAAUUGCACCACGUGCUGGGACUCCAGGAUUUAGAGCACCAGAAGUCCUUUUGAAGUAUCAAAGUCAGACAACAGCCGUUGACAUGUGGGCAGCUGGUGUGAUAUUCUUGUCGUUACUAACAAAGAAGUAUCCUUUCUUCAGAGCUUCUGACGAUUUAAGUUCCUUAGCUGAAAUAACUUGCAUUGUAGGAAGUAAGAGACUGCAACAAGCUGCACUAAGUAUUGGCAAGAGAGUGUUUUUGAGUAUUCAAAAACCAAAAGUAGAUUUUAAAUUAUUGUGUCAGAGGAUCCAAAGCAUACAAAGAAACAGCGAAAAUGUGCCAAAUGAACCGGAAAAUACAAUACCUGAAUCUGCCUAUAAUUUACUAGGAAGACUUUUGGAUCCAAAUCCACUCACUCGUAUAACUGCGCAACAGGCUUGCGCCCAUCAGUUUAUAACUACAACAAAUUAAAUUGUAUUUAAAAAAUAUUUAUAAAUA